UGGUCAACACAUCUUCCUACACAUUGUUGUGUAAAGAAAAUAGUGCCGACAGUGAUUGGAUUGAAAUACCAUCAAAAGAGUGUGUUCCAGUUUGGCCGAUGCAGACGGGCAAGGAGAUGACAAUGCAAACAAAGGUCAAGGACACAGAUAUAUGUACAAGUCAUUUCCUGUUCAAUAAACCCCAUACUACACUACUCAAACUUGAUAAUGAGUAUGGAGGUAUCAACGUGGAAUGUCAGGAGACAGAAUCUUCCGUAGUAACGACCUUGACAAAUUACAAGACUGGCAUGGCAACCGUCCUAAUUAUAAACCAAACUGACAAGUGCAAUAUUUCAUAUCAACAAAGUGGAUCCGGUAGACCAGUCCAUGUAAUGGGACCUUCAAUGGUAGGCUUGUAUACAUGGGAGGACUCUAUUGGCAAAAGGGAAAUACUUUGGACUUGUGGCGAGAAGAAAGACGUGAAAAAUGAUCUUUCUCAGGAUGGUAUAGGAGAAGUAUUCUUCAAUUCGGACACAAAAGUUUACUGGGUUUCUUUCCUCAAUGGCAUGCAGAGAGUUCUUCUGUUCACUCAUGACCUUGCUCUAGCAACCAUUGCUCAAGAGGCUGGAGAAUUAGAGAGAAUAGAGCAGGAGAUCAACUUAAACAUUCAAGGAAUGGGACUCUCCUUGGUAAACAACUAUAAACAACAAGAGGUGGCCUUCCUUGGAAUAACAAGUUCUGGUAUAAUCUGGGAAGAGAAGAGGAAGAGAUACAAGGCAUUUAACUUGAAGAAUUGUUUGGCCCUGGAGGCAGCAUACCAGAAAUAUGAAACAGAGAAGUUAGGUGGACAUACUCCCCCAGAUAUGUUACGUAUUGACAAAAUGGAGGUUAACUUUAAAGAUAUGAUGAUGUUCAAACCAAAUAAGCGUAUGAUCCGGCGCAGUUUCCAGGACGGUAUCUGGGUACAGUACAAGACGUCCCCACAUCAAGUCCAGUUCCAUGCUAAAAUAAACAGGGUACAGCUGGAUAACCAGGUGGCAGGAUCAGUGUUCCCUACAGUUAUAUCACCGAUGCCACCUCCAAAAUCUGUUGCUGCUGAAAGUGUUCCAAAACCAUUCACAGAGAUCAGUAUGAUGUUGAGGAAACACGAGCAUAGUAAUAUAUCACAAAUGAAAUAUUUUAAGGUGCUAAUACAAGAGAUGCAAGUAAAAGUAGAUCAAGGAUUCCUUAACAAUAUUCUAGACUUGUUCAGUUCUGACCAGGAGGCUUCACGAGAUCAAGAGAAACAACUUAUGGAAGAGGAUAUAGAGAGAACAGAGAAAGAUUUGAUCACGACGAUGGGCGUGUCGUUAGCUAGUGAACAAAAAAUGUUUUAUGAUUAUCUUCAUCUUUCACCUAUAAAGGUACAUCUGAGCUUUUCCCUACAAGGUGGUGGAGGAGGUGACGGUAGACCAACACAGUUACAUUCUAACGUGAUUAAUGUGUUCUUACAAUCUGUGGGCGUCGUCCUCACAGACGUACAGGAUGUUGUCUUCAAACUUGGUUUCUUUGAAAGACAACAUACAUUCUACAACAAUAAAAUGUUGGUUGGUGAAAUGACCACACAUUAUGCUGGACAGGCAAUAAAACAGAUGUAUGUGCUGGUAUUGGGUCUAGAUGUUCUAGGUAAUCCGUUUGGUCUGUUACGUGGUAUGGCAGAGGGUCUAGAAGAUCUUUUCUAUGAACCUUACCAGGGUGCUAUACAAGGUCCAGAGGAAUUUGCUGAAGGUCUAGCUCUAGGAGUGAGAAGCUUGUUUGGACAUGCUGUUGGCGGCGCUGCUGGUGCUGUAUCUAGGAUCACUGGUACCCUAGGUAAAGGUCUGGCGGCUCUAACACUAGAUGACGAGUACCAGAAGAAAAGACGAGAGGCAAUGAACAAAAGACCGGCAAAUGUUGGUGAAGGUUUUGCCCGUGGUGGUAAAGGUCUAGUCAUGGGUGUGUUUGAUGGAGUCACAGGAAUUGUGAGGAAGCCUAUCGAAGGUGCCAAGAAAGAAGGAGUGGAGGGAUUCUUUAAGGGCGUGGGUAAAGGUCUGGUUGGCGUGGUAACCAGACCUACAAGUGGUGUUAUCGACUUUGCUAGCAGCUCUUUUGAAGGAAUUAAGAGGUAA